AUGUCAUCCAACACAGGUAUUUCUCUUUCUUCGUAUGAUGAAGCAGGGAUCCAAACUCAUCAGAAAAGCUCAAGAGUCCCCAUCAGAAUCGCGGGCUGUGCGGCAGUCGUGGCGUUCGGCUUGUACAAACUGAAGAGCCGGGGAGACACCAAGAUGUCGGUCCACCUGGUCCACAUGCGUGUGGCAGCACGAGGCUUUGUUGUAGGAGCCAUGACUGUUGGGAUGGUCUAUUCCAUGUUUCGGGAAUAG